CUGCUGAAGACGGAGCUGGGGUCCUUCUUCACCGAGUACCUGCAGAACCAGCUGCUGACGAAAGGCAUGGUGAUCCUGCGAGACAAGAUCCGCUUCUACGAGGGACAGAAGCUGCUGGACUCACUGGCAGAGACCUGGGACUUCUUCUUCAGCGAGGUGCUGCCCACUCUGCAGGCCAUCUUCUACCCUGUGCAGGGCAAGGAGCCUUCGGUGCGUCAGCUGGCCCUGCUGCACUUCCGGGACGCCAUCGCCCUCAGCGUGCGGCUGGAGGACGCCUUGGCCCGCGCCCGCGCCCGCGUGCCGCCCGCCAUCGUGCAGAUGCUGCUCGUGCUGCAGGGGGUGCAUGAGUCCCGGGGCGUGACCGAGGACUACCUGCGGCUGGAGACGCUCAUUCAGAAGGUGGUGUCACCCUACCUGGGCACCUACGGCCUCUACUCCAGCGGGGACGCCUUCGCCCACGCCUGCGUUCUGGAGAAGCGCCUGGUGCGCCGCUCCCGCUCCGGGGAUGCGCUGGCCAAGAACCCGGUCGUGCGCUCCAAGAGCUACAACACCCCGCUGCUGAACCCCGUGGCUGAGCACGAGGUGGAGGGCGUGGCGGCGGCGGGCGGCAGCAGCGGCAGCAUCCGCAGGCACUCCGUCUCCGAGAUGACGUCCUGCCCCGAGCCCCAGGGCUUCGGCGACGCUCCCAGCCUGGGCCCCACGGGGCCCUUCCGGUCCUCCCCGACGCCCCACAAGGGGCCCUGCCCCAGCAGACUCUACCCCCCCGCCCAGCCGCCCGAGCUGGCCCUGGCCCACGGCUCCCCACCCACCUCCAGCCCCGAGACUCUGGUGGACAGGAUCCUAGAGUCGGUAGACUCGGAUUCCGAAGGGAUUUUCAUUGACUUUGGCCGGGGAGGAAGCUCUGGGACGUCUGACUUGGAGGGGGCUGGUGACCGGCAGAGCAUGGUGUGAGGCUGCCCGGGUGUUUUUACCCACUGUGUGCGUGCGUGUGUGUGUGCGUGCGUGUGCAUGUGUGUGCGCGUGUGGCGUGCAUGCGAGUGUGCAAGACUUUUUUACUCCAGUGGACCCUUGCCAGCCCCAACCCUGGUCACUCCUCCAUCACUUUAUAUUCUCUAGGCUGCUGGAAGACCCGCCCACUUGCCUGCAUUUGGGCUGUGGGAUUGGACAGGGAUCCUGCCCUUCACCCACCUGCCCCAGCCCUCAGCGUCCACACCCACCCCGGGAAAUGUGAAUCUGGUGGGUUCCACCCAAAGGGACAGGGUUCUCGCCACAGCCAGGCCUGGGCAGCCUGGACUUGGGGACAGGGAAGGUAGAAUAAAACUCAUCUGCCCCUGG